CUUAUUUUCUAAUAUAAUGAAACGCGUCUGGACUCGACUCGCCUCCGACACCGCGUCUUUGUUUCAUCGGCGAUUGCGAAGCGAAAAAUCGUUAUUCGAUUCGUUUCGAUCCGAUCGGAGUUGUUCUUGAUCCCCUCGCGGUCAUGGCGACGAUCGGUAAAAACAGCAUCAACGCGAAACUCGUCUUGCUAGGCGACAUGGGAACCGGGAAGUCAAGCCUCGUUCUUCGGUUCGUCAAGGGCCAAUUCUUUGAAUUCCAGGAGUCCACUAUCGGGGCGGCUUUUUUCUCACAGACGCUGGCGGUGAGCGAUGCGACGGUGAAGCUUGAGAUUUGGGACACAGCGGGGCAGGAGAGGUAUCACAGCUUAGCGCCCAUGUAUUAUAGAGGAGCAUCAGCCGCGAUAAUUGUGUAUGAUAUAUCAAGAAUGGAUUCAUUUGAGAGGGCUAAGAAGUGGGUUCAAGAGCUUCAGAAACAAGGUAAUCCUGAUAUGGUGACUGCUCUUGCGGGGAAUAAAUGUGAUUUGGAGGAGAAACGGAAGGUUCCAACGGAGGAAGUGAAGGCAUAUGCUGAGGAGAAUGGUCUUUUCUUCAUGGAAACCUCGGCUAAAACUGCCAUCAAUGUGAAUGACAUAUUUUAUGAAAUAGCAAAAAGAUUACCCCGGGCUCAACCAGCUCAACAGCCAGCAGGAAUGGUUCUUUCAGAUAGACCAACUGAACGAUCAACAGCUUCAACAUGUUGUUCUUAGGUGUUAUUUCUAGUUUAUUAUGGAAGUGAAGCUUAUUAAAUCGGUGGAGAUGCAACGAGUCUAUUCAUGAAUCAGUAAAUUUUCCUGCUUCGUAUCCCCACCCCCAGCUCAAGGCAUUUUAAACUUCAAUUGCUUGUUUGUAGACCAUGUAAAUUUGCAUUGUUAUGUACUUUCUGUCAUGAUACUUGUAAUAGCGUGCCCAGUCACAUUCCAAAUUGAUGGAAUACUAAUGAUUAAAGUAUUGAACACUAGUAUAUUUUCUGUUCUUA